AUGAAAAAAAUCGGCACGCACAGCGGAGUUUUUCACUGUGAUGAAGCCCUAGCUUGUUACAUGCUCAAACAACUACCAGAAUAUCGCGACGCGGAAAUCGUGAGGAGCAGAGACUUGUCUAUUUUGGACACUUGUGAUGUCGUCGUCGACGUCGGCGCCGUUUACAAUCACAAAACGCACCGAUAUGAUCACCACCAAAGAGGUUUCGAGCACACUUUAUCCACAGUUCGGCCAGACGUUUCUAAAAAAAGCUCAAUCAAGUUAAGUUCGGCCGGACUAGUGUAUGCCCAUUUUGGGACUGACGUUAUCAGGGAGAUUUUGCAACAAAAUGACUAUCCAAUUCCUGCCAAUUGUUUGGAAAAUAUCUUUUUAUAUAUUUACGAAGGGUUCGUGGAAGAGCUGGACGCCAUCGAUAACGGGGUGCCGAUGUAUGGCGAAGGCAAACCUAGAUACCGAAUUAAUACCAACUUAAGCGCUCGAAUUCAUAGACUGAAUCCAGAGUGGAACGCGCCUGAACCUGAAUCCCUCGACGAACUAUUCACGAAAGCCAUGAACUUGGCUGGAACCGAGUUCAAAGAACGUGUCAUCGAGGCGGCAACGAUCUGGUGGCCGGCGCGCCAAAUCGUCCGCAGCUCCAUCGAAAACCGCACGAAAGUGCACGAGUCGGGCGAAAUAAUGAUCCUGCAGGAGCGUUGUCCCUGGAAGGAGCACCUCAUGGCCCUGGAGGAGGAAAUGGGGAUCCAGGAUCAGCUAAAGUUCGUCAUUUUUCACGACAAGAGCGACUCCUGGCGGGUCCAGGGGAUUCCGAUCCAACCCGACAGUUUCGUGUGCAGGGUGUUCCUGCACAAGGACUGGCGAGGGGUGCGGGACGACCAGCUGACGGGGAUCGCGGGAAUCGAGGGGUGCAUUUUUUGCCACGCCACUGGUUUUAUAGGGGGUAAUAAGACCAAAGAGGGUGCGCUGCAGAUGGCGCUGAAGAGCUUGAAGGCGGCGCCCGCCGAUAGGGAGUAG